UUCAUGUGUUCUGUUGUUCAUGUAAGAAUAGUUGUUGGAACUAGAGGAGGUUCAGUUUCUUCUACAAAGUUGUAGAAAUGUCUAGCACCGAGGGAGAGAGCUCGUCGAAAAAUCGAUCUACUGCUCGGCCUGGACCGGACGUGUUCUUGAUCGUCUGUCGUUGCUUCAGCGUUAUCACUGCGCUUGCUGCAAUUCUCUGCAUUGUUGUUAAUGUUAUUUCUGCUGUCCGAUCUUUCAAACACGGUUCCGAUAUAUUUAACGGAAUAUCCCGGUGUUGUGGUGUUUUAAUCGCGGUAUUUGUUGUUAUUGCUGAGACCGAAUGUAGAUUCCUGUCCAUGAUUUCAAAGGUAUUGGUAUAUUGGCCUUGCAGGGGUAUUCUGCAGAUACUUGUUGCUGUGAUGACGAGAGCUUACCCUGAGAGUUCUACAGAGGGCAAUGACCUUAUUCUUCUUCAAAAUGUUGGCAGCUACGUGCUCCUUGCUUGCGGUGUAGUUUAUGUUGUAUUGGGACUUUUCUGUAUCGGUCACCUUAAACGAGCUCUCCAGAAAAAAGAUGUUUCAGCAGGACGGGAAACAAAAGACUUGGAACGUCAAGAAGAACUAGAAGCACCGCUGGUCGCUGAUGCAGUUGCUUGAUUCACCAGGCAAUGCAACACCAUUGUGACUACUUGAAUAAGCGGAGCCAGGAGCGAAAAUAUGUGAAUCUCCAUUUAUGGUGCUCUCUCUCAAUCAAUAUGAUCUAGCUUUCACUCCUUUUGACAAAUGUUCUGGUUCCACUUCAGCAGCAGCAGCAUAUUUGCUAGAUAUUAUUUCUUCUAAUGCAGAUUUACCUCUUUGUUUACUUUGCUAGCUUCUUUAUAUGUGUAUGUACAGAUAAAGACUCCUAGUAUCAGUGUUUGCAGCAUUUUUGCGCUGAAUAUUCUUUUCAAAACACAAUUUGUGUAAUUUUUAUAUCUAAACCUUUGGUGA